GGCGGAGAAACGAGGUCCGGAGAGCCCUUCCCGCCCGACAACUCCUCCCCGCUGACUGCAGCGAACGUGGCAGCCUGAAGGGACGGGAGCAGAAGCGCUUCCCCGGUUCGUCCCAUCCCCGCCAUUUUCGAUUCUGGAGCCGGCAAGAAGCGGGGCGUGGAACAUUCGACAUCGACACUGGUGAGGGAAGACCGCUGCUGCGAGGCUCAGAGCGGCCACCAGCCUCUUCUUCGCGGCCCCUGCGGUUUCUAAGAAAAAUGAUGGAAGAGAGUGGCAUAGAGACAACUCCACCUGGAACCCCUCCACCAAGCACAGCAGGGGCUGCUGCUGCCACCCCAGCCCCCAUCUCAUUAGCUGCUCCACUCCCUCCUCCAAACUUUUCCUCUCCCUCAUCUUUUGAUCCCCAGACUUACUCCUCACCAUUACCACCUGCAAUUUCCUCACUUCCAUCUAUGAUAUCUCCAGCUCCCUUGCCUUUUGUGUCCUCUGCAUCAGUUGCAACUGAUGCCCCCCUUACUCUUCACAAUCCACCUUCUGUAACUCCUCCAAUCACUUCAGUUCUUAGUUCUGGUCCCUAUUUCACACCACCUCCUCCACUAAGUUCUGCUUCUGGCCCUGUGCUUUCUGCACCCCCAACUGGUCCCCCCAUUUCAGGUUUUUCUGUUACUUCCACCUAUGAUAUUACCAAAGGUCAUGCUGGGCGAGCACCACAAACACCACUGAUGCCAUCAUUUUCUGCACCUUCCAUCACAGGUGUCUUGACAAACCCUGUGGCACAGGAGACUUCUGUACCAUCAUCAUUAGCAUCUAGCACUGGAAGUGGCUCUACAAUUACUUUCCCAGAGGAGCGGGAAGACCCCAGGGUAGCUGGCAUGCCAACAGAAGCAUCAGCUGGAGGACUGUGGGGCUUUAUAAAAGGUGUAGCUGGAAAUCCUAUGGUGAAAUCAGUACUUGAUAAAACCAAACAUUCUGUAGAGACCAUGAUCACGACACUGGAUCCUGGCAUGGCUCCUUAUAUCAAAUCUGGGGGAGAGUUGGACAUUGUUGUCACUUCUGUAAAAGAAGUCAAGGUUGCUGCCAUAAGAGAUGCUUUUCAAGAAGUUUUUGGAAUGGCCACAGUUACAGGAGAAGCUGGACAGUCCAACAUUGCGCCGCAACCUGUUGGCUAUGCAGCUGGAUUGAAAGGAGCACAAGAAAGGAUUGACAGUUUGCGCAGGACAGGAGUGAUACAUGAGAAACAGCCUGUUGUGUCUGUUGAAAAUUUUAUUGCAGAACUGCUUCCUGACAGGUGGUUUGACAUUGGUUGUCUAAUUGUAGAGGAUCCGAUCCACGGUAUUCAUCUUGAAACAUUUACACAGGCAACACCAGUGCCACUGGAAUAUGUACAACAGGCUCAAAGUCUGACUCCUCAGGAUUAUAACCUAAGAUGGUCAGGUUUGCUGGUGACAGUAGGUGAAGUACUAGAAAAGAACUUAUUACAUGUCAGCGGAACAGACUGGCAUGUUGCAUUCACUGGUAUGUCCCGUCGACAGAUGAUCUACAGUGCAGCCAAAGCUAUAGCAGGAACGUACAAGCAACGUUUGCCACCAAGAACUGUUUGAAAGCGGUGGUGGGGAGGGGAACCCUCUGAACUUUGAAGAACAUUAAUUCCUCUGAUAGGUUUUGGAAGAAAAUAUUCAGCGAUCCUCUACAUACACCUCAACUUUGUACUCUAUGUAUAAACUGUACAUUGUUUCUUUAUUGCAAGUUAAGGUAUUGUCAAAGGUUUCCACAGCUGUAAACAAUUGGUUGUUGUUAGUUUUCCAGGCGGUGUGACCAUGGUGUGGUAGGAGUUUUUGCUCCUACCGUUUUACCCACAUCUAUGGCUGCCAUCUUCAGAGGCAUGCCACAGUGAGAUCCCUUGUCAUUCCUCUGAAGAUGCCAACUAUAGAUGUAGGUGAAAUGUUAGGAGCAAAAACUAACAGGCCAUGACCACACAGCCUGGAAAACCCACAACUCGUUAAGGUAUCCUUUGGAAAAAAAGAAGUGGACAAUUCUUUGCCCAUCCACAUGACUAAAAGUUCAAUUCUAAGCACAGUUUGAUUGAUCUUUCUGAAUCCAGUGAAGUCUGCAGGCUUGAAAGAGUUCAACUCUGCUUAGGACUGAGCUGUAAAUAACUUCCAAAACAUAGAAAAGAUCCAGCAGGCAUAUUUUUAGCAGGGCCAAAGAAUUCUAAAAUGAAAAUUUAACGGAUUGGAUGCAUUUAAACACUAAAUAGAUGUUUGAUAAUACAUUAAUUUUUUUUAAGAUGGGUAUUAAUGUGUAAUUGUUGCUAUGGUAAUAGCCCCUCAAAGGUAGUGUGGAAUGCAAAUUCAGAAUAACUGCUCUUUCACUGUAUGUUUGCAGGAGUACUGCACCUGGGUGCUGAUGUACACAGAUUAUUGGACUUCCAGCAUAAAGUUUCUCCUUGCCCAUUUUAGUACCAGCAUGUUAAGAAACAUGCAAAUAUAAUUAUUGGAUAUUUAUUUUCUGCCAAGGAACACAUCCCAAACCAGUUAACUGAAUCUCUGUUGUCAAAUGGAUCCCCCCACUACCUUAUGUAAUUCUUAAGUGAUUUUCAGCCCCAUCCAUAGUGGAGGCGACGGGCUGUGGUGCUGCUGUGGCAUUGCCCCACCACUCCCAAAGAGGCUUGCAAGCGGAGUGCAGGGGCUUGCAAAGUGUGACAGCUUCCCCACCACUGACAAGCCUCAGUGGGCUGCAGUGGGCUUACGCCAGCCAAAAGGCUGACUUAAGUCCAGAUGGCGGCCUGCCGGUGCAACGCCAGCAAAGGCUGUGCGAGAGCCAACUAACAUCAGUUCUUCCUCUGCUACACUGAUGGUGGAGGUACAGGAACACUGUCACAGCGUCCUGUGCCACAUUUUACUGCUCGGGGGAGGGUGACGGCCGCCACAUGGCGGUGGUUUUGCCCCUCUUCCAGGGUAAGUUCCCCUGGCAGGGCAAAUAUACUGGUGCAGCUGCCCCACUGCUCUCACAGGUGGAUUUCCCCUUCCCUUUGGAUCAGGCUGUUUGGCACCUAUCUCAAGAUACUGGAUAUUACUGAAUAGCUGUUGAAUAGAUUGAAUGAUAGGGCUGAUGUACAGAAUAAGCUCAUUCUUAUUCUAGAUUGAACGUACAAAAAAGAUGCUAUGUUCUGUGUUUUUAUAUUUGUUCUACAAUACAUUUGUAGUGACUUUUGCAACUGAUGGGAGAACGGUGAGACUUAAAUCUACGUCAUUUUUGGUACAUGAAAACAUCUCAGCAAAGCUACGUAAUUAAUCUAUUGGUGUUUCUCUGGUAGCCGCUUGAUCAAGAACUGUCAUAGACUGUUGUUAAUACAGGAGAAUUGACAGCAAAUUGGUAAUAAACUAUAUUUUCCAAGGCCUAACCGAUCCUUGCCAUUAUAAAUGUUGGUUUUUUACUGUUUAACAUCACCAGCAUUUUUCCCAUUACAUAUAUGGCCCUGUAUUCUAUUUUCUGGACCAGUCUCUGUUCUGAUUUGUAGAACUGCUUAUAGAAGAGAGUAUUUUGAUAUCCUUGUGUUUUUCACAAGACUCUUCUGCCUUAAAUUUAAGCUUCCCAGUUGAUACUAAGCUUUGCCUUUAAUAGUAAUUUCAAAAAAUAUUUUUAUAUAAAAUGUAAGCCAGUUUCUUGUAUAAUAUCUGGUAUGAUAAUCAUUUUUCCAAGUAAUUUUUCUAUUAUUUGCUAAACUUGUAAUUUAAAAUUAAAUAAAUUUUGUUCUUGUAGGAUUGUGAUUUCUUUUUCUUUAAACUAUUUUGUUUAAUAGUGAUUUCAUUGUUAGGUAUUUUUAAAAUACUUCUUAAAAUUAUUCUACAGCCAAAGAUAAAUUCUAACAGCAUCAUUUGUUUCUGCAAAGUUGAAUUAUUUCAGCAAUAAGUUUUCAGCUACACAAAUGAAGCAUAUGGGUGACACUUACCUGCUGUCAUUUUGUUUUUCUCCCUCCAUAGUUCCUUAAAAAUUCUGUUCUUUGUGUAUUCUUUAAGAAUUUGUCCUUUUUUUGUGAAAAAAUAAAAAUAAAAUUGCAGAAGCAUUUAAUUGCUCAUGCAAUUAAAUGGUGAUUCUAGUAAAGGAUUGUUUGUUAUACUAUUUAAUGAAAAAAUAAGUAUGUUAAAAGCCGUGGUCAGAAUUCCAUAAAAUAAAAUAAAACAGUUUGAACCCA